CGUCUGAGCUGCAAUGUGAACAAAGAGGGACGGUACAGAUGUGUAGAGGGCGCUUCGGUGCUUGACAGCGGGUUUUAGCUCUAUGCGCACGCCGCGGAGGGUAAUAUCGCGGUUAGGCAGGUCCGAUUGGGCUCCCGGAGACGCUCGGCAAGUUCAUCUGCCCCAUCUGUCGGUUCCGGCAUAAAGGGCGCCUGUUGUUGUUUUUGCCGUAGCGCAAUAUUUACGCCGAGGUAACGAUGUCUCUCAUUGAGGAAUACGAGGAAGGAGAGUACGAGAGACCGCCCAAGCGACUCAAGACGGCGGAGGUGGAGGAGGGCGAGGACUUGGAGGAGGGAGAGGACUCGGAUUCGGCAUCUGCGGGGGUGCUGGGGGACGAGGAAGAAGUGUCCGGGCCGGGCACGGAGAAAAGGGGGCCCUGGACCUCAGCGAAAUACGCAUCUGGAAGAAGGGACAAUGGGGAUGAGUCCCACCGCAUCGCACCCUCCCCUGUGGUGCACGUGCGGGGGCUCUGUGAGUCCGUGGUGGAGGCCGACCUGGUGGAGGCGCUGGAGAAGUUUGGGACCAUCUGCUACGUGAUGAUGAUGCCCUUCAAGAGGCAAGCCCUGGUGGAGUUCGAAGGCAUCGAGAGUGCAGACAAAUGUGUGGCGUGCGGCGCGAGCGAGGCUGUUUACAUCGCCGGGCAGCAAGCCUUCUUCAACUACUCCACCAGCAAGCGCAUCACCCGGCCCACCAACUCCGACAACCCCAACAGCGGAAACAAAGUGCUACUCCUGUCGAUCCAGAAUCCACUCUACCCCAUAACUACGGAGGUUCUGUACACGGUGUGCAACCCCAUCGGCAGUGUGCUGAGGAUCGUCAUAUUCAAGCGGAACGGCAUCCAGGCCAUGGUGGAGUUUGAGUCCGUUCAGAGUGCACAGAAGGCGAAGGCGGCCCUCAAUGGUGCAGACAUCUACGCUGGCUGCUGUACCCUCAAGAUUGAGUACGCUCGGCCUACGCGCCUCAACGUAAUAAGGAACGAUAACGACAGCUGGGACUACACCAAACCAUAUCUGGCAAGACGCGAGCGAGGCAAAGGCCGGCAGCGGCAGGCGAUCCUGGGCGAGCAUCCGUCCGCCUACAGCGACAACGGCUACGGGCCACACUGCCCCCUGCUGCCUCUCCCCAGCAAUAACAGGUACAAAAUCAGCUCCCAUGACAUACCUGAGUUGGUGGCCUACCCCCUGCCCCAGACCUCGUCCUACAUCGGCCACUCAUCCAGCUCCGUCGCCAUGGUGAGCGGCCUGCACCCCACCAAAAUGAACUGCACCCGCAUCUUCAACCUCUUCUGCCUCUACGGCAACAUCGAGAAGGUCAAAUUCAUGAAGAGCGUGCCUGGCACAGCCCUGGUGGAGAUGGGGGACGAGUACGCGGUCGACCGUGCCAUCACACACCUCAACAGCAUCAAGGUCUUCGGCAAACGGCUCAACGUCUGUGUGUCCAAGCAGCACGCCGUCAUCCCCAGCCAGGUGUUUGAGCUGGAGGACGGCACCAGCAGCUACAAAGACUUCGCCAUGACCCGCAACAACCGCUUCACCAGCGCCGGCCAGGCCUCCAAGAACAUCAUCCAGCCGCCGUCCUGCGUACUGCACUUCUACAACGUGCCCCCCUGUGUCACGGAGGAGGAACUGCAGCGGCUAUGUACAGAACAUGACGUACCAGGUUUCAUCAAGUUCAAAGUGUUUGAUGGCAAGCCCUCCUCCAAGACUAUCUCAGGGUUGCUGGAGUUUGACACCAAGACGCACGCGAUCGAAGUGCUAACGGUACUCAACCACUACCAGAUCCGAAUACCAAAUGGUUCCAACCCGUACACCCUGAAACUCUGCUUCUCCACCUCCUCACACCUCUAAUGCCCGCGGUGGCGGCGGCGUGGGGGGUGGGCGGAGAGAGAGCGCCGGAACGAGGAAUUGGCCAACGGUGCCCCAAGGAAAGAAAGGGGGAGGGUUAGGGAACCCGUCGCACCGUUUGACUCCUGAUCCAACACCCUUUGAAAGAGACAGGAGUACAUACACAGAGAAGUGCAGAACACUGGACGUCAUCGUUUUCAUGUCUGGGAAGACUUUCUUUUUUCCUUUUUGGGUCUGAAGGUAAAUCUGGGAAGGCGAAGAGGAGAACUGUGACUGUCGGAGAACGAACCGGCCCCCUUUGGCAUCCCAGCAGCCCGUGGGGCUGGCCAUCUUCAGGUCUUGCUCAAAGCGCCCCCCCCCCCCAUUUCUAAUUCAUGCUGUUUCUCAUGUUCGACUGGGACCUUCCACGCUGUCCAUACUGCGACGUCCACCUGACUGUGCAGGGGAAGUGCUGUCAGUCACUUGACAUCUACGAAAUCCUCAGAGCCCGGCGCGGGUAGCUAAUGUAAAACCACUGGAUGUACGAUUGCCCGACGUGUUCGGUACUUCAGAAGAACAACAUCUGUAUAGCCUGUAAUAUGUAGAUCACAUUGUAAUAUAUGUAUGAGUAUAGCACUUGAAUAAGGUUGGGGAGGGGGCCAUGUUGAACUUCAGUUUAAGACCUGGUGUCUUACCUUUUCCUUAAGGGGAGGAUAUUGGGGGGAGUUUCAGACACUGUGCUUGUACCACGUUUGCACAUGAAGGUUCACGGUUUAUGUAGCGGUCAGUGUUUCCCGGUGUGCAAUAUGUGGUGUGCCACCACAUCUGCCCCCCCCCCACAAUGUGAGCAUGACAUCCAUUAAACACUCUCCAGUCCCCGUC